UGGGUUCUGACCCGGAAAUGUCUGUUUAUCGUUCAAAUCAGCUUCACACAUACAAGUUUUAAAACUAAUCAGUAUAUAGUGGCUGCGGUUGGUCAUGAUUUGCUUGUCAAGGUCCAAUUUUUAAACGUUUGGUCAGUGACGUCACGAAACCCCAAGCAAAUGAUUCCUUGACGUAAAGACCGAGAAACGAAACAUCAGGAUAUUUUGCCAGAAGUAUGGCAAACUAUCCUAUGGCAGAAUAACAACAAAUGUUUAUUUUUUUCUUUACAAGUAAAAUAUUAACAGAAUUCUUUUAAAUUAAUUAAAAUUGGGUAUUAGUAUUUAAAGUAACCAUGUCAUAAUGCAAUAAGUUUCAUGCUAGAGUCACAGGAGAUCCGUCACGCCUUUUUAAAGGAGAACUAUUAAGUAAAAUUUAUAUUUUGCACGUUUUUGUUCUUCCAUUUGGGACUCCACUGCUUCUAAAAACAACCCAAGUGUUUAAAAAAUGGCUUUGUGGCAAUAACUUAAUGUGUUGGUGUCUGGAAAGUGAGCCAUUUCAAAAGCCUGAAAUCUCAUUAUCUAAGAUUGAUUUCAAAAUGUGCUGAACAUGUUUUGCAUGGGCCAUAGAAAUGUCCUGACCUGUUCAACCUUUAAUCAAUUCUCGGUGCUAGGUUCAGGCUGUCUAAUAAACGAAUCGCUCUUCAGCAGACUGGGAUAUCUUUGACAGAUCUCUGGACUCGUGCUGAUAACCUCGCCUGCCUGGGUCAAAUAAACACAGAUAAGCCUCAUAUCUCCGAGCUGGAGCUCAGUGUCUGCCAUGAUCCUGACGGCUCCGUCUCCGUGCCUUCCUUCUGUCACCACCGUCCAGCAGCUGUUCUCUGUGGCCCGAGACGCCGACAUCGUCCCGGACAUCUCCCUGGAUCCGGUGCUCACCACCUUCCUAUCCCUGGACUCUGCCACCGCCCUGCAACACCGGUACGGCUUCCUGCAGCGGGGCAUGAGCGGCGAGCAGCAGGCGGCCUUCCACCUGAAUCUCACCGCACAGCUGAGCGGCUGCAGGGUCGCGAACGGAGGCGUAGGGGUCGUCGCCUUGGCCCUGUCCCUGCUGUUUGACCAGGUGGCCCAACAUGUCCGUGCUGCAGCUUCGCCGCAGGGAUCCGAGGCUCAGAGGGUGUUCGGCGUCAGCACCUCGUCCAGAAUCGGAUCGAUGAUCCACCGCUACCUGCGCCUCGUCCCCGCCAUCGCCAAUGACGAGGAGAAGAUGGCAGAGGCCACCGAGCUGUACGACAGCUGGCUCAACCUGGAGCUGAUCGACCACUAUGAGAGGAUGACCACCAAGAAGAGGAUGAGCACAGAGGCCAUGCAACAGUGGCUGGCCGGCGCCGCGUUUCACCUGCACCUGAGGAUCCACCAGGUGAGCCGAACCAGGAGGAUCAAACUUCUACAAAAAUCUGGUUUUCCAUAUUCAUUCAAACUGACACCGUGUUUGUCAUGAGAUAAAUGAUAUGAAAAAAGAUCGAUCUGCUGCUGUCUGAAGAAAUGGACCAAAAACCAAUAAUCAGAGCCAGGA